AAAGCCUAUUGCUUACCUCGCCCUACGAGCUGCUCCCCUUUAUGGAUCGACCUGUACCUGCUACUGCAGCCCCUACAAGCGAUGAAAUUUUGAGAGACGAUGAUCUUGCCGAGGUCCUACGACAGCUGUUGAAGGCAAAGAACAAGGCCUACGAAUUAGGUCUGGAGUUGAAACUUCCUCAAUAUGAGGUCGAGAGCAUACGCGACACCUAUCAAGACCCGCAAGAGCGGCUCACACGAGUAAUCGAGAAGUUCCUGAAGCAAGCAUGUCCCGAGCCGACCUGGAGGGUCAUUGUCCGUGCUCUCAAGAGUCCGUUAGUCAACAACGCCCAACUCGCUAAGGAAAUAGAAACAGCUCACUUUGCUGAUUCUAUCAUAACAAGGGAAGCUUCAGCUGAUGGUAAAUCCGUAUAUACUAUAUUUAUUAACAUCUGACUGCAUAAUUAUAUGACCUGUCCCAAUGUAUCAGUGGAAUGAACACUCACUCUGGUCACCUAAUAAGUUCUGAUAUCUCUGGAUAACACUCUUUUUGUAGGUCCAGUUAGUGCGGAAAUCGAAAAGACCACCAAAAGAUCAGGGUCACCGGUUCCAUAUCCAAUGACAGUUGAGUAUGUGGAAAAGAAGAUAAAGCAGUUUGAAAGAAGAUUCAAUAAGACACUGAAAUGGGCCACCAGAGAUUGCCUCAAGAAACGUGGUGUUUCUGUAGAGAAAGUUGUUGACGCUCUAGCCGACUUGCCUGCUGAUGAUGUCCCUGAGCACAAGCAAUUCUUAGAGAGCCAACUGAACAUUCUGUACCAAGCAAGUGAUCUAACAGAACUCUUUGGGUCCCUAAACUACAACAUGAACUAUCUCUCAUACCACUUAGUGGAGCACCUAAUUCGGGAGUUUGAUUUAGUCAUCAGAAGUGAAAUGGAGGCCUACAAAGAAGAUUUACGUCAAUUCAGAGAGAAAACACCUCUGAAGCUGUUCCACAAAACACAGAAGAAGAGGCACGUAGAUCCCCCGUCAAAAUUUGAUAAGAUAGUUGCAAAAUUUGAGUGGCCAGAAGAUCGCAAUGACAUUACCCUGGAAGAUGUGGAGAAAUUCCGACAGGAGUAUGCGUACAGCUAUGGCCUCCAUGACUGUGCGAUGAUGCUCUCCGAGAUAUUCCCCAACUGCUUCAUAGUCACCUGGCUGGUCCCCGGCUCAAUAGUCACAAAACUGAAAAGGAAUGUGCCAACAAAUAUGCUUAGGAAGCACUUCGUAAGUGAAUUCACAGUUGCUGGCGAAUGUGUGGCCUACUUUAGUGCACAUAAGAUGCCAACUAACUUACCCCAAAACCUGUCUCUGCCUGAAGAGGAUGGUGUAAGACAAAUGUCAGAUGAUUUGGAGAUGCAUUCACUCGACAACAUACUUUUAGUUACUUCUAUCGCAAAGCUACUCUCAGCAGAAGAAAUCUACCACAUUGCAGAGGUAUGGCUGCAAGGCAAGACUGACAUUAGCAUUUAUAAUCCCACAAAUGACAAUGAGCUUUUUGGACUGAAACUUCUUAUGACAUUAAAGAACAUGGGGAUGUUUUCCUGCACAAAGCUUCAAGGACUACUAGAUAUCAUGAGAUGCAUCAAUCGCUAUGAUUUAAUUGAGAAAGUUGAAUCGUUCAUCAAAGAGAGGGGGGAAAGUCUGGGGGAAAUGUACACCAAGGAGAAAAAAGCUUCCCAAGGAGAACGGCAGCAGUUACACGAGAUUAUGUUAAUGCGUAGUAUGGAAUUAGAACCGCAAAUUAUGGAGCUGCGAGAACCAGACCUUGUGGUUGAUAAAGGCCUUAGAGUCGUGCAGAAGGCAAAGGCUGUCACUCAAAGCCUCACCACUGACCUAAGCCGAGACCGGACCUCUUUGGCUCGCCACCUCAGUGUGACUAGCCCUAUUAGCAGAAGCAAGUUACGACCAGUACUAUCUAUGCCACUUCUGCAACAUUCGGGGAACAGGCCAAUACCAAAACCAAAACCAGCCACACUCGAUCGUGGAGCUGCACCACACAUACCAAAAUCUAAAAAACUGCUCAAAGAAAGUGCCGCCUAUGGAGGUCCUCACUUAACUACUGAAAAGGCAGCCACAGAAGAAGAUGAUGAUCGAACGGGAGACAGUGGAACGGGAGACAGUGGAAUGGGAACUGGAAGCAGUGGAAUGGGAACUGGAUCUGGAAGUAUUCGAGUUGAAGACAGGAAACAUGAUGAUCGAAAAAUUUUCUAUACAACACUCAGCGAAAGAACAAAAGAGACAGAUAACACCUACCAAGAAAUGAGGUUUUAACUUUCUUGAUAGUCUGUAUAUACUGUGUCUAUUAUCUAUGGUGUUAUAUGAUGAUGUAAAGAUGAAACUUAU